AUGAGUCAUGGUGCCAUGACUGCCAUCAUAUGCAGACAGUGCUGGGUAAUGUGCGGUCAACAGUCAACAGUUAAUAAUCGUGCGUUGUUUUGUCCGGUGGACACCCGGUGGACCAUGGCUCCGAAGUCUCCGAAGAUGCCGAUGAAGGCGAUGGCAGCGAUGAAGGCAAUGAAGACCAGCAAGCCUAUGAAGGCGAUGGCGGCGAUGAAGGCUAUGAAGACCAGCAGGCCUAUGAAGGCGAUGGCAGCGCAUGGCAAGAUGAUGAAGGCUAUGAAGACGAAGACCAGCCAGCCUAUGAAGGCGAUGGCAGCCGCAAUGAAGGCAAUGAAGACCAGCAAGCCUAUGAAGGCGACGAAGGCGAUGGCAGCGACGAAGCCGAAGGCGAUGAAGGUCAUGAAGGAUCAGAGCAUCCAGUGCGGGAUUGGGCUGUAUGGGCGGCCAGAUUGGGCCCAGCUUGGCCUCACGACACCGGACCCCUAUCGUGGCGAGGAUGUCUUCGAGGUGAACGCGUUGGAAGAGGGCCGUUGGGUGUGCAGCAUCGGCAUGAGCAAGAACACGCGGCUGGACGAGAUGGUGGAGCAGUGUCAGGAUCCUGGCUGUAACACCACUGCAUCCUACAGAGCUUUGGGCAUCGCUGUGAGCGUGGAGAGGGUCCCUAAGUGA